ACAGGUGAAUUAUCAAAUAAUUCGGAUCGAAGUAAUACAAUCGUUUUUCGGUCUAGAUUCAUUCACACUUGGCACUGAUUUAAAUUACCCUUCAACCGACUUUCCACUCUCUCUAAUUGACCAUGGCAGAUUCCAAUGCCACCGUUCCCCACCCUGCCAAGAUCAUCACUGGGGCCGAUCCAUUCGGCAGCGACUUGAAGGAUGCUCUAGUCUCCCACCUCCGCUCUCUGAACAUAGAAGUCGAAGACCUCGGUACCUCCUCUUACUACUCCAUCGGCGCCGAGGUCGGCCGCCGCGUCUCUUCCUCCGCCUCCGACACUCGCGGUCUCGUCGCAUGUGGUACCGGCAUCGGCGUCGGAAUUUUCGCUAAUAAAUACCCUAGUGUCUUUGCUGCCACUUGUCUCACACCUUCCGAUGCUCAAAACGCUCGCUCUAUCAACAACUCCAACGUUCUCGCCGUCUCUGGUAAGUCAACCUCCAAAGACUCCGCCAUUGAGAUUGUCAACACGUGGCUCAACACGCCUUUUAAGGCGCCCUGUCCUGCGUCAGAAAACAAACCCUGGGAUGACGACGUUCAAUGUUUUCUUGACAAUUCUGUAGCUGAAAUGAGUAAAAUUGGUAAAGAAGAUGAAGAGAAAGAAAAAUCUAGCUCUUGUAGUAUUUGUUGUUUGAUUAAAAAUAGGGAGCUGGGUCCAAUCGAUAUGAUUCCAGGAGGGUCAAUGAAGAUUCUGAGGGAGACUCCAACUUCAGCAAUAGUCAGGUUUAAGGCGGGGAGUGUGGAGCCAGCGCAUCAUCAUACAUUUGGACACGAUUUGGUGGUGAUGGAAGGAAGAAAAAGCGUGUGGAAUUUAAGUAAAGGGGAGAGGUUUGAUUUGGUUGUUGGUGAUUACUUGUUCACCCCAGCAGGAGAUGUGCAUAGAGUCAAGUAUUAUGAAGAUACUGAGUUUUUAAUCAAGUGGGAUGGACAUUGGGAUAUGUUCUUUGAUGAAGAUCUUGAGACUGCUAAGUCUGCUAUUGAGAAGGAAACCGUCUGAUCUCUCUUCGUUUGCCUAUAUGAGGUAAUGUGUUGUUGUUUGUAAAUUAUGCUUUGAUUUUGUUGGUGAGUAUGAUCUGUAAGAGUUAUUGCGCAAAAGCUUGUGUUUUUGAGAAAGUAUGUUAUGUAAUAUGAUGUUAGACAUGGAAUUUUGGCCUAUGUUGAUAUGUUCUGUUAUCUACUUGUAUAAUGUUUUUUGGGAUAAUUUGGUUAUUGAUUGUGCUGUUCUUGCUGCUACAAUGCGUUAUUUAAUUGUUGAAUAACUUAAA